ACAAAAAUAGAAAAAACGAAAACGGGUUUCGGCUCGGCCACCGCUCCUCCCUCUCACAUCACUAUUGGUUCACUCUCUCUCACUCCCCCCUCUCUCUCUCUCACUCUCUCUCUCUGUCUCUCUCUCUCUCUACACCAUCACCAUCACCACCACCACCACCACCACCACCUGCACCACCAUCUUUUCAUUUUGGCGUUUCUAAACCUCCAAAGUCCAGGCAUCUCUCUCUAUGAACUGUUGCAGUGGAAGCUAGAAGCUCAUCAAGCAACAUUUUUUCUUUCUCUCUUUCUCUCUCUACACAUUAAAAGGUUCUGAGGGAACCCUAACAGUGAUUUCAACUAUCAAGUCGCGAGGGACUUGUUUGCGAACCCUAGAUAGACCAGAUCUACGGGCAUUUGUGUGUUCAUCGUGCAGCGAUGCAGAUUUAGCUUGCCGGGCGAAAUGGCGAGCUCCGACCCAACGAAACGUCCACGGCCAGGGCCGUGGCCGCCGGCGGGAGAGCAGUCGGCAAUGCCGUCUUCGUGGGCGAAGAGGACGGGAUUCAGAGCGAGGUUCUCUGGGGAGACGAAUGCCAGUGAUUCUGGUCAGAUUGUUGCAGCACCGAAGCCGAAGGAGGGCGAGGCUCCAGUGGAUCUCGAAUCCGGUCGAGGUAGGGCGCCCCCUGCUGCGAAUGGUGAACCGGGGAGUGAUAAAAUGCCGUCGUCGUCUGAUAAGGAUCAGUCCAUCAGGAAGAGAAGGGAUUCGGAAGGAGCAGUUAGGAGUGCUGGACCGGGUCCCAAUGGGCAGGUUCGGUCGGACCCUGCGCCGCAACCUCCUCCCAAGCCUAGCCGGGAAGAAGAGGUUAUCGAUGUUCUGCCUCAAGUCGUCGACGAUGAGGUCUUUGUUGCUCGCCAUUCACAUAUGAAGUAUGAACUCAGAGAUACCCCUGGCCUUGUUCCAAUUGGUCUAUAUGGGUUGCAGCAUUACAUUUCCAUUUUAGGUUCGUUGAUUCUCAUUCCACUUGUUAUAGUCCCAGCAAUGGGUGGCAGUCAAGAGGAUACUUCCAUGGUAGUGUCAACCGUGAUGUUUGUAUCGGGAGUGACGACUCUGUUGCACACAUCCUUUGGAUCGAGGUUGCCAUUGAUACAAGGUCCAUCAUUUGUCUAUCUUGCCCCAGCUCUUUCAAUAAUUAACUCUCCUGAGUUUCAAGGACUGAAUGGGAAUAAUUUCAGGCAUAUUAUGAAGCAGCUGCAGGGGGCUAUAAUUAUAUCUUCUGCAUUUCAAGCACUUUUAGGGUAUACUGGAUUGAUGUCAGUCUUCCUAAGGUUCAUCAAUCCAGUGGUUGUAUCCCCAACUGUAGCUGCAGUUGGGCUGUCCUUCUACAGUUACGGUUUCCCACAAGUUGGUAUGUGCCUUGAGAUUGGUGCAGUGCAGAUAUUGCUGGUUGUUAUUUUUUCACUUUAUCUCCGCAAAAUAUCAGUCUUUGGUCAUCGUAUAUUUCUAAUUUAUGCAGUUCCGUUGGGUUUGGCAAUCACAUGGGCUGCUGCUUUCCUUCUUACAGAAGCAGGAGCCUAUAACCACAAAGGCUGCGAUAUGAAUGUACCUCCCUCAAAUAUUAUAUCCGAAGCCUGCAGAAGGCAUGUUUCCAGGAUGAAACACUGUAGGGUUGAUACUUCACAUGCAUUAAAAUCUUCCCCAUGGUUUAGAUUUCCAUAUCCAUUACAAUGGGGUACACCUGUGUUCGACUGGAAAAUGGCUUUAGUAAUGUGUGCGGUUUCUAUAAUUGCAUCAGUUGAUUCAGUUGGGUCAUACCACGCAUCAUCAUUACUUGUGGCAUCCAGACCUCCAACCCCAGGUGUUCUCAGCCGAGGAAUUGGUCUUGAAGGUCUUUCUAGCGUAUUGGCUGGUCUCUGGGGUACAGGAACUGGGUCUACGACCCUUACAGAAAAUGUGCAUACAAUUGCUGUGACUAAAAUGGGAAGCCGCAGAGCAGUUGAGUUAGGUGCAUGCAUUUUGAUACUCUUGUCCCUUGUGGGUAAAAUUGGGGGCUUUAUUGCUUCAAUUCCUGAUGUCAUGGUUGCUGCUCUACUUUGCUUCAUGUGGGCAGUGCUAGCAGCAUUGGGCUUGUCAAACUUGCGUUACAGUGAGGCAGGAAGUUCCAGAAAUAUUAUCAUAGUUGGGCUCUCUCUUUUUUUCUCCCUAUCAAUACCUGCUUACUUCCAGCAAUAUGGUGUCAGUCUUAAUGCAAACUCAUAUGUACCUAGUUAUUUCCAACCAUACAUUGUGGCAUCUCAUGGACCUUUCCAAGGAAAAUAUGGCGGGGUAAACUAUGUUAUGAACACAUUGCUGUCAUUUCAUAUGGUCGUUGCUUUCCUUAUAGCUGUGAUUCUGGACAACACUGUACCUGGCAGCAGGCAAGAGCGUGGGGUCUAUGUCUGGUCUGAACCAGAGACUGCAAGGAGAGAACCUGCAGUUGCCAAAGACUAUGGGCUGCCUUUUAGGGUUGGGCGUAUCUUCAGAUGGGUAAAAUGGGUUGGACUUUGAGAGUUGAGGUUUGUUUAGGUAUUUUAAAGCCAUUGUCAUUCUCGUAUAUUCAUGGGCGGCCACUCCUGAAAGAGAUUCUUCAGGCGUUUGUGAUUCAGAAGAAAAAGAAUGGAGAAAAUGUAUGUUGGCUUGAGUUGAGUUAUAGAUAGGGAAAUGGUUGCCCAGAAAUUGGAUUUUCUGCGAGCGAUGGGUCUUAAUGUGGGAGCAGGGAUCCUAUAGAAAAUCUUGUGUAAAAUGCGGGUUGGGGAGUGAUACUCCAGUGUUGUAAUUCUAAUUAUAAACAGUGUAUGUAGUUUGAAAUUUGAAUCACUCAAAAAUGCCAGGGAGGUGGUUUUUUCGUC